AUGGCCACAGACAAUCAUUCCUUCACAAAUGAGUUUAUUCUCAUGGGACUGACAGAUCAACCAGAUCUGAAGACCAUUCUGUUUGUAGUGUUCUUUGUCAUUUAUCUGGUCACCAUGGUGGGGAAUCUUGGUUUAGUUACAUUGAUCGUCAUGGAGCACCGUCUUCACACACCAAUGUACAUCUUUCUGGGCAACCUGGCCCUGAUGGAUUCCUGUUGCUCCAGUGCCAUUAUCCCUAAGAUGUUAGAGAACUUCUUUUCCAAGGACAAAAUUAUUUCCCUCUAUGAAUGCAUGGCACAAUUUUAUUUUUUCUGCUUUGCUGAAACUACAGACUGCUUUCUGCUGGCAGUUAUGGCCUAUGAUCGUUUUUUAGCAAUAUGCAGUCCACUGCAGUAUCACACCAAGAUGUCAAGGAAACUCUGGAUUCAAAUGGUUAUUGGAGCCUACAUAGCUGGAAAUCUGCACUCCAUGAUUCAUGUAGGACUUCUACUAAGGUUAACCUUCUGUGGACCUCAUCAAAUCAACCACUUUUAUUGUGAUAUUCUUCCAUUACUCAGACUCUCUUGUGUUGACCCUUUUAUCAAUGAACUGAUGAUACUUAUCUUUUCAGGGUCUGUUCAAAUCUUUACUGUUACCAUAGUCUUAAUAUCUUACCUUUCCAUCCUUUUCACUAUUUUCAAAAUGAAAUCUAGAGAGGGGAAAGGCAAAGCCUUAUCUACAUGUGCGUCUCACUUUCUCUCUGUCUCACUAUUUUACGGUUCUCUUCUCUUCAUGUACAUUUGGCCAAGCUCAGCUAAAGAUGGGGACAAUGACAUAACAGUUGCCAUUUUUUAUACCCUCAUUAUCCCUUUACUAAACCCCUUUAUCUAUAGUCUAAGAAAUAAGGAAGUAAUAAAUGUUAUGAAAAAAAUUAUAAAGCAAAUCUAA